AUGGAUAAAGCUGGCAUCUCGGAGACUGCAAGCCCCUUGGCGGGCACCGGUCUGGUCACCGAGGCAACAGCACCCAGUUCUCGACUGUUCCGCUGUGGCUUUGUGCAACGCUGGGUGCCCCUGGUCUACAGAGAGGAGCUCUAUCAAGUACUAUGUCUAACAGGGCCUCUGCUCACUUCCCGGAUCUUACACUUCCUUCAGCCAUUUGUCAUCACCAUCUUUGUUGGUCACCUGGGGAAUGCUGAAUUGGCUGGAUUUGCACUGGCUUCUGCAACUGUCAGUGUUACCACAGUAGCUACAGGGUGUGGUCUUGCCCUGGCGUGUGACACAUUGGUGUCUCAGACGUUUGGCAGUAAAAACAUGAAGCGUGUUGGGGAGAUUCUGCAAAGAAGUAUCCUCAUCCUGCUGCUCUUCUGCCUGCCAUGCUGGGCAAUCCUCAUCAACUCAAGGUCCAUUCUGUUACUCUUACAACAAGAAGCCGAGGUCACGAGAAUUGCAGAAUUGUAUAUUUUUGCCUUCCUGCCAGCAGUUCCAGCCAUGUUCUUGCAUCACCUGCAGGUUGCUUACCUUCAGAACCAGGGAAUCAUCCUGCCUCAGAUGUACACCGCUAUUGUAGCCAACAUAUUAAAUGUGGGGGUCAACUAUGUCCUCAUAUUCUGGAUGGGACUGGGAGUAAAGGGCUCAGCUGCAGCCAGCAGUAUUUCUCACAUCUCUAUCUGUCUCCUGCUGUUCAGUUACAUCCACUGGAAAAAACUGCAUGUCAGCACAUGGGGUGGCUGGUCAACUGCUUCACUGCAGGAGUGGGAUUCCUUCAUGCGACUCGCCAUCCCUAGUACCCUCAUGCUCUGCUUUGAGUGGUGGGUCUAUGAAAUUGGAGGUUUCCUCGCAGGUAUGCUGGGGGAGGUGGACCUAGCUGCCCAACAUGUGCUGAUAGAACUUGGAGCCAUCACUUACAUGUUUCCUCUGGGUGUUCAUGCAGCAGCAUGUGUACGUGUGGGCAAUGCUUUGGGUGCAGGAGACACCCCCAGAGCCUUAAUCACCAGUAAAGUGACUCUCAUUGUUUCAGGAGUCUUGGCUGUGUUACAGGGGAUUGUGCUUGGUUCUACCAAAUCAGUGUUGGGCCGUAUCUUUACAACUGAUAAGAGUAUCAUUGAGAUUGUAUCAGACAAUAUGACAUUCUAUGUUUUCCUACAGUUUUUUGAUGCACUAGUGUGUGUGAGUUCAGGGAUUAUUCUGGGUUCAGGAAAGUAGAAGAUAGCAGCUGUAUCUAACCUGGUCUGUUAUUACUGUAUUGGACUGCCAUUGGGAAUUUCCCUGAUGUUUGCUGUGGAGCUCAGGAUUCUUGGUCUAACACUUGGUCUCCUGGUUGGUGUAAUCAUCCAAGCCUGCUUUUUCAUCACUGUCAUUUUUAAACUCAACUGGCAAAAGGUCACAGAGCAGGCCCUGAAACGUGCUGGGAGGAAUGAAAGAGUUGCAUGUAUUGGAAAGAAGGCACAACUUGGUGUUUCAGUCACUGACUUACUGAGCCUUGAUAGAGAGAACACUGUAGAAAAAAUGCCCGAUGCAGCACCUUUGGCACUACCUGUAAACAGCUGCUCUAAAGUAAAUGCCUACAGCCCAGUAAGCACCAAAGAACAAGAGAAAACUGAACAUGGUAAAGAUCAAGUGGAGGAUGGGGAGGUGGAUAAGGAUCAAACCAAAUCCCUGCUCUCCAUUCAACAGUUAGUGCUAAGGAGAGGACUGAUUUUACUGGCUGCGGUCUUGCUGCUGAUUGUUGGAGUCGUUGUUCACCUGACGUGCCCUGCACCAAAGGCAUACUUCCACCUUAAGAGCAACCAUACAGUGGACUGGGGGAACUACACCAGCACCACUGUCAUUCCCAACAUCCAGCUAACUACUUCCUGA